AUGGCGGCCACAGAAAGCGACCUAAAGACCUUCGCCUCUUCCCUUAAGAAGGAGCGUCAACCUGAUUUCGACAUCAUUGUGAAAGCCUAUCGGUGGUCAGUCCAUAGUCAUAUUGUCUCUAGCCACGGGUUCUUCGGAAGGCUCUGCAGCGGCGCGCCCGAGGACGGUAACCGACACGAAGUGCAUCUCGAUGAUGACGAACCCGUCAUCAUUGCCCACUUGAUCCUCUGGUGGUACACGAAAGAAUACGACACCGAGGCUAUAUAUGACAUCGCUGGGUUCGACCUGGAAAGUCUUAUGAACUAUGGCACGAUAUCUCCAUCCUUUUGCUCCAACGCUCUGCCCGCCCCCGAGACAGAACCCGACAAUGAUGGGGACUUUGAUGGGACAAAUCUUUCCCCCAUAUCACUGCACGCGAAGAUGUACCUUAUUGCCGACAAAUAUGGUAUCACGGAACUACGUGAGAAAGCAGUGUAUGAGAUCAGCGAAAUUCUCGACGCCGUGAAGGAAGAUUUGCUACCAUGUUUGGUUCAUUUCUUUAUCACCAAUUCCUCGGUCGAUAGUUCCGUGGACGGCGACAACAGCGGCAUUCCUCCUGACCAGAACAUUGAUGCUUCCGCCACUGCUACAACUGGCAACAACCUGCCGCCAAAAUGUACUAUUUCGGAACAACGGGACCCGGAACUGUGGAAAAUUCUCGCCGAAACUGCAAGCAAACACUUCCUCUCAUACCGCACUGACGCGACCUUCCAGCAGAUCAUAACCUGUGACCCACGCUUCCAUUGGGAUGUGAUGGGCAGAGUUGCCAGUAUGUUGGAAGCUGCACAGGACAAACUGGCAAGUGCUCCUGUUGAAGCGCCAAAGACGCCGAAGAAGAGGGGAAAGAAGAAGCAGGAAAAUAACCCGAGCUCGGAGUCGGCCGGAGACAAACAGAAGAAGAAAGAGAAAGGAGGAAACGCGCCUGCUGCGAAGAAGCUGAAGAAGGAGCCAUGA